UACUCAUACAUUUUCUCCUGAAAAUUGGAAACAAAAACCCAGCAGCGAAAAUGGCGAGAGCUGCACUACUUCAGUUGCUCCGAUCUCAAUCCAGAACAUUCCGUUCAGGUAAUCGCCUCGCUAAGGUUGCUCCACAGUCCCACGCAUCCAUUGCUAAACUCAACACCAACUCCACCGCACAAUACACUCUCACACAGAGACACUGGUCAUCUCAAUCGGCACAAGACGACAGCAAGAUUAGCAUCGGGCCCCACAAAGGAAGAGAUAACGAAGGCAAAGAAGAAAAACCCUACACGGGGUUUACCUAUCACGGGCCUAUAUCAAGCACAAUCAAGAAAGUGAAGCUCCUCUCUCUCUCCACAUGCUGCCUCUCCGUUUCGCUGGGGCCCGUCAUCACUUUCAUGACAUCGCCCGACAUGAACGUGAUACUAAAGGGUGCGGUGGCAUCUUCCGUAAUAUUCCUCAGUGCUUCGACCACUGCGGCACUUCAUUGGUUCGUGAGCCCUUACAUCCACGGGCUGAAAUGGCAGCCUGGCUCAGACAGCUUUGAGGUCGAAAUGAUGUCUUGGUUGGGUACGUUUUUGCCGAAGACUAUCAAGUUUGCGGAUGUUAGGUACGCGGAGACGAAUAGGCCUUAUGUUUCGUUUAUGGCUAACGGUAACUUUUAUUUCGUGGAUGCUGAGCAUUGUCAUAAUAAGGCAUUGUUGGCAAAAUUGACCCCUCGAAAACUAGAGUCCCCUUUCAAGAACUUGUGAUUCAAUACCCCUGUGUUGCAUCGAAUUGCUAAAAAACUCCCCGUGUAAAUAAUAUUAGCAAAAAAACCCCUUAUAAUGCAUUUUGUGUUUGCACACAACCCCCAAAUAAUGAGCUUUUAGGGGGUAGUUUGCUAAUAAAAUUGAAAUCGUUGGAGGGUUUUUGCUAAUAAAAUAACACGGGGAGUUUUUCUAGCAAUUAGAGAAUUAAAACACCAGGGUGUUAAAUGCAAUCAACCCUUUUUCUUGUUUCCGGGAUUCCCUCUCGUUUCUUCCUAUUUCUGCACGCAUGCGUGGAGUUGGAUUUACGUCACAUUUUUUUGGCAGAAUUUUGUGUUGUAAAAUAAGUAUUACCGACGUAUUGUUAGGUUUUUUCGUUGCUUGAAUCAGAGAGAGACUAUACUAACAAUGCAUUUAAUCUUCAUGCGAUUCUUGAUUCGUGUUAACUACUCGAAAAGAUCUUUAUUUGCAUUGUUGAACAUCUAA